AUGACGGACAGCAAUGAUUGGAGAAGGGACGAAGAAGACGACGGAGAUCAGGAGAUUGACGAAACUUCCUUUAAAACUCAAAAAGAUGCCGUUUUGCUUGCGAUUGAGGUCAGCGAGUCGAUGCUCAGGGCACCGCCGCCAUCAGACUCUAAGAAAGCAGACCGGGAUAGCCCCGUUCAAGCGGCUUUGAAGUGCGCAUACCACUUCGUGGAGCAGCGCAUCAUAUCCAACCCCAAGGAUAUGAUUGGGAUCUUACUGUUUGGCACCGAGAAGACAAGAUUUCAGCUUGACGAGAAUGGGAGAAGUGGCCUGGGAUACCCCCACUGCUACCUAUUUACCGAUCUGGAUGUGCCGUCAGCAGAUGAUGUCAAAGCUCUAAAGUCACUUGUCGAAGACGAAGAGACUGGUGAUGAUAUCCUUAAACCGACUAGGGAAACCGUUUCCAUGUCAAACGUUUUAUUCUGCGCCAACCAGAUAUUCACAACGCGCGCUGCCAACUUUGGGAGUCGGCGUCUGUUUCUGGUCACUGACAAUGACAAUCCGCACUCCUCAGACACAGCCGCCAGAUCAGCCGCUGCCGUGCGCGCCAAAGAUUUAUAUGAUUUGGGCGUAUCUAUAGAUCUAUUCCCCAUUUCACACCACGACACUAAAUUCGAUUUGGCUAAGUUCUACGAUGAUAUUCUAUACCGGGACGCGUUGGCCGAAGCAAAUCCUCAAGAAGUCGCAAUCUCCAGAUCAGGGGAUGGGCUCAAUCUUCUGACCUCUCUCAUCUCCAACGUCAGCUCGAAACAAACCCCAAAGCGAGCUCUAUUUUCCAACCUACCGCUUGAGAUUGCACCUGGCCUGCGAAUCUCUGUGAAAGGCUACAAUAUUAUACAUAGACAGGCCGCGGCAAGAACUUGCUACAUAUGGCUGGACGGCGAAAAACCCCAGCUCGCAGUUGGUGAAACUACCCGAAUCGCGGAAGACAGCACGCGUACUGUUGAAAAGGGCGAGAUAAAGAAAGCCUACAAGUUUGGCGGCGAGUACGUGUACUUUUCUCCCGAGGAGCAAAAGAGCGUCAAGGACUUUGGCAGUCCUGUCAUCCGCAUUAUUGGCUUCAAAUCUCGGCGAUCAAUUCCACUGUGGAGCAGCGUGAAGAAAUCGACAUUUAUCUAUCCGAGUGAAGAGGAUUACGUCGGCUCUACCAGGGUUUUCACGGCGCUAUGGGAAAAACUACUGAAAGAUGACAAGGUCGCUCUUGCGUGGUGUAUCGUGCGAAGCAACGCGAACCCGGUGCUGACUGCCAUUAUGCCCUCAAAGUCACAAUCUGAUGAAUACUCGGGAACGCCAUUCCUGCCCGCUGGACUGUGGCUGUACCCACUUCCUUUUGCAGAUGAUCUCAGAGACAUUAAACCUCCUGGCAAGCUCGCGCAGGCUUCGGAUGAUCUCAAGACUCAGAUGCGCACCAUCAUUCAACAGCUACAGCUGCCCAAGGCAAUGUAUAACCCGACAAAAUACCCCAACCCAUCGCUGCAGUGGCACUACAAGAUUUUGCAAGCACUUGCUCUCGAAGAAGAAGUGCCAGAAACCGCCGAAGACGCGACUCUACCCAAGUUCAAAGCCAUUAGCAAACGCGCUGGUGGUUACCUUGAAGAAUGGUCAGAGACUCUAUCUACCGAGGUCAAGUCAACCACCGAAGCAAGAGCGGUCAAGAGAGAGAUUGAUGACGAGCUGCCCGAGCGGCCGGCCAAGCGUGGAAGGGGGGCUUCUGCCCAACCAGCCGCGUCUGGUCUGACCUCUGCACAACUGAAAGCUGUCGUGGACGACGGAUCAAUCUCGAAGAUGACAGUUGCGCAACUCAAAGAUAUUGCAGGAGCAAAGGGUCUGAGCACUAGUGGAAGGAAGGCCGAUAUAAUAGAGAGGAUAGAGCAGUGGACAGAAGAGAACUAG